AUGGCUGCUGAAAAGCCCGAGAACUUUCGCGCCAUCAUCGUGGGAGGUGGCCCUGUCGCCUUGACAGCGGCGCAUGCCCUCUCCCAGGCCGGCAUCGACUAUAUCAUCCUAGAGCGGCGCAAGGCUCUUGACACUGACUCUGGCGCCUCAGUGGCCAUUUGGCCGCACAAUGUGCGCCUCUUGGACCAGCUAGGUCUGUAUGAAGAGGCAGAGCAGACCUACAUGCCUGUGCUAAACAAGUGGAACUUGAGACGGGACGGCACCGUACUGUCGAAAAGUAACAUGUUUGAGGCCAUUGGUAUUAAUCACGGCCAUCCUUGGAUGUGUUUCCACCGCGCCAAGUUGAUCAACAUGCUAUACCAGAGACUUCCAGACCCAUCAAAAGUCUUGCUGGACAAGGAGGUUGUCUCAAUCGAGAAUACAGCCAAUGGUGUCACAGUGACAUGUGCCGACAAGACCACACACUCGGCCUCGAUCAUCAUUGGCGCCGAUGGUGUGCACAGUAGUGUCCGCAGACUGGUCAAUGAGGCUUCAGGCAAGACCGAGGACCCUUUCAUGUCCUCUUAUCGUGGCCUUUAUGGCUAUGCAAAGCGGUCGCCAGAGCUUGAGCCCGCCACUCUUUAUGAGACGCACAGUGCCAAUCUGACCAUCCAGCUCAUUGUUGCUGAACAACAACAGCACUUCCUGGUGUACGAGCGUCUCCCGAAGCCGACUCGUGAAAGAACUCGGUACACCGAGGAAGAUGCCAAUGCCCUUGCCAAGAAGUACGCAGACGUGCGCUUUCCCACGGGCAAAGAUGGCGAGUUCGUGACCUGGGGUGACAUCUGGGCUCAGAAGCAAUGGUCAGUGCUGGCCAACCUCGAAGAAGGCAUCGUCAAGAAUUGGCACGACGGUCGUGCCGUGCUGGUUGGAGACGCUGUCCACAAGAUGACGCCCAACACCGGAUUCGGCAUGAACAGUGGCCUCCAGGGCGUGGCGCAGCUCGUAAACAGACUGCGUGCCCAGCUCAAGCAGACACCAGACCCAGAUGUGGCUACGCUCAGCCGCGUCUUCGGCGAGUAUCAGGCCGCUCGGUUGUCUAACUCAAAGGAGGCCGUGGAAGUGUCAGGCUUAUACACAAGACUUGUUGCAUGGAACAAUCCCGUGUGGAGAUUUACCGACCAGUACCUGCUUCCGUAUGUCAAGGGUGACAAUACCUCUCUCAACGUCCUCAUGUCGCCAAUCGUGCAAAAAGGUGUUCCCCUGGACUUUUUGGAGGAGAAGCGUUUCAAGCGUGGUACAUAUGCCUACCAUACUGGACCCGUCACUGCAAGUGCCGCGUAA